CGUCAUCCUCCCUGUCCUCGGCCUUGGAGACCUGGAACUCGGCAUCUUCAAUCACCCCAUUGACCUCAGUACAAGUCCAACCUGACAAAUAUCACGAUGACUGCAAGCCCCUCCCAAGUUCAGCCCCUCUUACUUAAAUUUAAAACAGUUCAUGCCCGCCCGCUUCUCUUCUCUACUCAAUCGCUCGACUCUCCGUCCCGCUUACCGUUCUUUCUCUACUACCCCGAUUACCCGCUUCGCGCCAUCUUCUCUCAAAAUGGGUGUUAUCCAGAUCAAGACUGCCGAGGAGUACAAGACCAAGGUCACAGACGCCCAAGGCCCCGUCAUCGUCGACUUCUUCGCCACAUGGUGCGGUCCCUGCAAGGCCGUCUCCCCCUCCUCGAGAAGCUGAGCGACACCCACUCCAGCGUUGACUUCUACAAGGUCGACGUUGACGAGCUUGCUUCCGUCGCUGCUGAGAACGGUGUCUCGGCUAUGCCUACCUUCCACUUCUACAACAAGGGCGAGCGUGUUCAGGAGGUUAAGGGUGCCAACCCCCCUGCUAUCCAGGCUGGUGUUCAGGCUUUGCUUCAAUAGAUUUGGUUGGGUUUGAUGUAGGGUUGGAAUUGACGAGCGAUAUGCUGGUAUAUCGUUGCCUUGUAUUGAUGAGAGAUACCGAAUACCAUUUUUGAAUAUUCGCCCAUGUUCACUGGCGACUUUUGAGAUUUUUUUCAUCUUAUAUUGGUGUUGGUGUAUGCGGUGGUUUAUAGUAGUGACUUGUAUGGAGGCGUCGCGGGUAUAAGGUCAGAUCCCGACCAGGAUGAGAG